UUAACAUUAAAUCUUAAGUUGUUUAUUAUUAAAAAUAUUAUCACUUUUAAAUUUUGAAAGAUAUAUUCUUUAUUAAACUCACAAAAUAGAGGUACACUAUCACGUAUUGUAAAAUUAUUUUAAAACGUGAUAAUUGUUUAAGGGAAAUUACGCAAAGUAAACGUUCGACGACCGAUGCAUCUGUGAUCGGCAACGACCAUCGGCACAAUAAAGCACACCGCUGCUUUAAGAAGUCCAGGAAUUCGUUUGAGCCUAACUAAAGCGAUGGUCGCUUUUGUUCUUUUGCAUUGCUUUGAGCCUAUAAAACAUUGUCCUCAUCGGUCACUGAGUACAGUAACCCACGGGCAUUGCAUUUUGUUACUUCGCUUGUUGUAAUUUCCAUAGUAAUUAAAAAUUCUGUUUAACAGAGUGUGACGCUGAAAAAGUUAUCAUUUUUACGGGACGAGAAAAUACUUCAAAGUGAAAGUGUUUUACGUGGUUUCGCUGAGAGAGCAUACUUCAAUGUUUAUACGGCGUACUUUACUGACCAUUUGCGAUAAAAAGUACAAAACGUAAAAAUAAUUAUUAUAUAAACUACAAAUUUCUACAAUUUUUGCCACGUGAUAGAGUUGAUUAGUUGAUAAAAAUUUCUCUUUUCGCGACUUAAUACAGUUGUAAAAAUAAUUCGCUCUUGAACACACACAAUAAUUUAUUUAUUAAAUAUUCUACCAACGGCAUUGAUUAAAGAGGAUAUUUCUAAUUAAUUUCCAACGAAGCCAUGAACGCCAUUAAGAAACGACUGCAAACGCUAAAGCUCGAGAAAGAUCUCGCGAUGGACAAGGCUGAUCUGUGCGAUCAGCAGGCGAAGGAGGCAAAUCGGAGGGAAGAAAAAUUGAGAGAUGAGGUUCGCGAACUGGCGAAAAAGUUGGUGCAAAUGGAGCAUGAUCUGGAAGUAAAUAAGGCUCAACUGGUAGAAUCAAAUAGGAAUCUCGAGAUAAAGGAGAGGAUUUACAUCGUGACGCAGUCGGAAUUGGCGGUGCUGAAUAGAAAAAUGCAGCAGUGCAUGCAGAAUUUAGAAAAGUCGGAGGAGCGACGUUUGUCGGCUCAAGUGAAGCUCGCGCAAGCCAUGGAAACUGCUGAAGACGCGAAGCGCAUCUGCAAAGUCCUGGAGAAUAGAAGCAAGCAGGAUGAGGAGAGGAUGGACCAACUGAUGGCGCAAUUGAAGGAAGCUAGGCUCAUCGCUGAAGACGCUGAUACGAAAUCCGAUGAGAUUUCGAGAAAAUUAGCGUUCGUCGAGGACGAGCUCGAAGCCGCGGAAGAAAGAGUUAAAUCGAGCGAGGCGAAAAUUCUUGAAAGAGAAGACGAGUUAUUUAUCAUUGGCAAUAUAUUCAAGUCCUUGGAGGUGUCCGAAGAGAAAGCUAACCAAAGAGUGGAGGAAUUUAAGACGCAGCUGAAGGAAUUGAAAGUGAAACUGAAAGCUGCUGAAAAGCGUGCCAUAACCGCCGAGAAAACUGUCAAGAUAUUUACGAAGGAGCUGGAUAAGAGGGAAGAUUAUCUGCGGAAAGAAAAGGAAAAAUACAAAUACAUCUGCGACGAUCUGGAUUCCACGUUUUCGGAGCUCACGGGAUAUUGAACUUCGCAGGUCGCACUGUUCGAUUGUAUCAUUCUAAUCGAGAGAUUUGCCUUGCGCACAAGAACAUAAAUUAUAUACUCUCGCGUUUAUCGGAAUGUCUCGUGAGGUUCACCCAGAAAAUUGACCCUAUGUUACUUUACACGAUAUCAAUUUAUUUAAUUUUCGAUUCUACGAUCGACACAAUGCAUCGAAAUGCCGUACCACAGAUUUAAUACAUUUUUAAAUUUAAUCGACAAUUUUCAUUGUAAUCGUACAACCUCCGAUCGCAGAACGGAGAAAGAAUUUGCGAGCCUCCUCUCAUUUCACGGAGCUCUCUUUCUUUGCGACGACUCUUGCACAAUCUCGCGCCACGAUUGGACCGUCCGCGCCUUAAGUAUAAGCUUUUCCACUCUCUACAACGACGCAAUUAAUUCGUAGCUACAGUAACAAUUGUCCAUUUGAUUUGUUCGCUCGCCUCCUCCAUCCUUUACGUAGAUGUAACAAUUAAGGUAUAUACUCUCCGAGCUGCACGGAUUAUAUCGCAUACGAUGACGGGGAUGGGGGGAGGGGGGAUGCACCGAGUUGUGUCACUGCAUCAUCCUUCGAGGACCAUUGUAAUUAUCCGCGGUAUACAAAUGUGAAAACCGAUCAAAAGUACCUUACCGUGAUCUUAAAGUAUCAAAUUGCAAUCGGAUAAAAUAGCAGGCGAGAUUCUGCCCGCAAAUCCAAAUUAGCUUCGCUUCGACAAGUUGUGCGCAGUAAAAAAAUUCGUUGAUCAGACUUGUUCGCGAUCGUUGAUUAGUCGUCCUUACCCGCGAUGGGAAUGAAGAGAACUGGUCCCUGAAAGGUUUUUCUUUUUUUUUUUUUUUUUUUCAGCAAGAUAGAUGACAGAACUCGGUCGGUCCAUGACGCAAGAAAAAUGUACAAAAAUCGUAUCGGCGAAAA